ACCUCUCUCCACGUAGAGCGCCAAGGGUGCAAAAGCAGGGAAGCCCUGAGGUGGGAGGAAACUGAGCCUCUUCCUGUGUUGUUAUUGAGAGCCCCCAUGCAUAUCCUCAAGGGAAGCCUGGUCCCGCGAGGAAAGGUUUGGGGACCGCUUUUCCUGAGCGCAUUAGUCCCGCGAGCUCGCCCUGCCUGUGCAGUGCAGCCUUUGGCCAGUGAGUGACGGGGGACAGUAGCCUCCUGCCCCACCUGCCCGCAGUGGAACCGCAUAGACUUCAGCCUCUCCAGCUAGGCAGGUUCCUGCCAGGAUCAUGGGCGCCGCGCUGGGCACCGGCGCACGGCUGGCUUCCUUGCCACGCAUAGCCUGCGGCGCCCUUCGGCGCCAGGCACCCUGCGUGCCCGCCCAGGGCUGUCACUCCAAGCCUGGCCCUCCUCGCCCAGUACCCUUGAAGAAGCGCGGAUACGAUGUCACCAGGAACCCCCAUCUCAACAAGGGCAUGGCCUUUACACUGGAAGAAAGGCUACAGCUCGGCAUCCAUGGCCUAAUCCCGCCCUGCUUCCUCAGCCAGGAUGUCCAGCUCCUCCGCAUCAUGAGAUACUAUGAAAAUCAGCAGAGUGACCUGGACAAGUACAUCAUUCUCAUGACUCUCCAAGAUCGCAAUGAGAAGCUCUUUUACCGCGUGCUGGCCUCAGAUGUGGAGAAGUUCAUGCCCAUUGUGUACACGCCCACUGUAGGGCUGGCCUGUCAGCACUAUGGUCUGACCUUCCGCCGACCUCGUGGGCUGUUUAUCACCAUUCAUGACAAGGGCCACCUUGCAACAAUGCUGAACUCUUGGCCAGAGGACAACAUUAAGGCCGUGGUGGUGACUGAUGGAGAGCGCAUACUGGGCCUGGGAGACCUGGGCUGCUACGGCAUGGGCAUCCCUGUGGGCAAGCUGGCCCUGUACACAGCAUGCGGAGGAGUGAAUCCACAGCAGUGCCUUCCUGUCCUGCUAGAUGUCGGCACCAACAAUGAGGAACUUCUCAGAGAUCCUCUGUACAUUGGCCUGAAACACCAACGUGUCCGUGGGAAGGAGUAUGAUGACCUCCUGGAUGAAUUCAUGCAGGCUGUGACAGAUAAGUUUGGAAUAAAUUGCCUCAUCCAGUUUGAAGACUUUGCCAAUGCCAAUGCCUUCCGUCUGCUCAACAAAUAUCGCAACAAGUACUGCAUGUUCAAUGAUGACAUCCAAGGGACAGCCUCUGUAGCUGUGGCAGGGAUCCUGGCCGCUCUGAGAAUCACCAAGAACAGGCUCUCCAAUCACGUGUUUGUUUUCCAGGGUGCUGGUGAGGCAGCCAUGGGCAUCGCCCACCUCCUUGUCAUGGCACUGGAGAAGGAAGGUGUACCCAAAGCAGAGGCCAUAAGGAAAAUCUGGAUGGUGGAUUCCAAGGGUCUCAUUGUCAAGGGCAGGAGCCACCUGAACCAUGAGAAGGAGAAGUUUGCCCAAGACCAUGCUGAAGUCAACUCCCUGGAGGAGGUAGUGAGGCUGGUGAAGCCCACAGCAAUUAUAGGUGUUGCUGCCAUCGCAGGAGCCUUCACGGAGCAGAUUCUGAGGGACAUGGCUUCCUUCCAUGAGCGCCCUAUCAUCUUUGCCCUGAGCAACCCCACCAGCAAGGCUGAGUGCACAGCUGAGAAGUGCUACCGGGUCACCGAGGGCCAAGCGAUCUUUGCCAGUGGAAGUCCUUUCAAGAGUGUGACUCUGGAAGAUGGCAGGACAUUCACUCCCGGUCAGGGAAACAAUGCCUAUGUGUUUCCUGGGGUGGCACUGGGCAUCAUCGCCGGCGGGAUCCGACACAUCCCAGAUGAAAUCUUCCUCCUGACGGCAGAGCAAAUUGCCCAGGAAGUAUCUGAGCAGCACCUGUCCCAGGGAAGACUGUACCCACCGCUCAGCACCAUCCGAGAUGUGUCACUGAGAAUUGCAGUCAAAGUCCUCGACUAUGCAUACAAACACAACCUGGCCUCCUACUAUCCAGAGCCCAAGGACAAGGAGGCAUUUAUAAGAUCUCUGAUCUACACUCCAGACUAUGACUCCUUCACUCUAGACACCUACAGUUGGCCUAAGGAAGCUAUGAAUGUUCAGAAGGUCUGAUGUAAUCUCCUGGGCUUGUUGGGGCUGAAUGAAGAAAUACAAUAUAAACAGGUUCCAAAAUGGCCAGCCUUUCUGCCAUGGUUAUUUCUGUUUGUUGCUUGUUUUCCUUUGUGUGUUUGGGGAGAUGCUUAGGCAUACAUCAGAUAACAGCUUUGUUCCUGAAGGCCCUGGAAGCUCACUUUUCUAUAACCGUUUGAAUCCUUUCCAAACGUUUCCUUUGCUAUUAAUUGCUGAUUACUAACCAAGCCUUGUGGGAAAUUCUGCCUAGAAUCCCACUUUUGUAGAGCUCAAGGAUCUAGAUUGGAACAAGUCCUCUUUCAUAAGAGAGUAGUUAUGUCCUUGAAAAACAUGUUCAUAUAAAAGAGAGAAGUUUGUAUCUAUGAAGACAAGAACAGAAAGCAGUGUUUGCCCUUUGCCCCAAGAGUAAAGGAUAAGUCAUAAGAACUCAAGAAAUGUAAGCAAAGC